UCUCAGAUCUAUGGCCAUCGGAAGACCACUCUGAUUGCUGCCGCUGCUAUGGCGAUAGGGCUUUUCCUCUGUCUAUGUAGAGCUUUUGGACUGCAAUUCUGCUUGAUGGCUGUCGCAGUCGUCGCUCUAUACCUUACUCUACGGUUACCAGGGACGGACAAACCAAAAUCACUACAUGCAGCCAAACGUGUGGACUUCCUAGGAGCUCUUCUUCUUCUCUUAGCUGUUGCAACACCCCUGUUUGCUAUUAAUCUUGGUGGAGACCUCCUCCCAUGGAAUCAUCCAGUAGAGAUUAUUUUACUUAGUCUCACGCCGUUCUUCGUUUCUCUCUUCUAUUAUGUCGAAACUCGAGUAGCCACUUCUCCCAUUAUACCGAUGCGAUUUAUUCGCAUGCCAGCUGUUAUUGCCGUGUUUGCGUGCGGCCUCCCUAUAAACUUUGCCUUUGAUCAACUCCUUUAUAGCUUUGGAACUUAUUUGGAAGCUCGGUCCUUCAACGCUAGCUCUACAUUCAGCGACUGGGCAUUAACAUGUGUCUAUCUCGGUCGACCAUUUGGCACUAUCCUUGGAGGCAUUGUGAUUAGGCAUCAACCGUUACUCUACGCAUUCUUCGACCUUGGACUGGCAGUAUCCGGAGAUCUCGGCAUCGCAAUUUCAUUAGCCACUACUGGCGCCUUAGUAAAAUCCAAUCUCCACUCUCGACUCAGCCAUUAUUCGAACGCGGAUGAGGUGAGACACGCUCAAACCCCGCCUGCCCGUCAUGUCUAA